AUGGGGACCCAGCACUCCUCUCCAGGCAGCAUGGUCUGUGCCUUCGCGGGCGUUGGAGCCGCCAAGGACAGUCAACUUGUCCGCCUACGACACAGUCGCCAAGAGGGCGUGCAGGUCCUCGUAGAAUUGGCCUUUGACGGCGUCGGGGUUGGUCAUCGUCGGAGCGUAGGCGCUGAUGAUAUUGGCGAAUUUUCCUCCCCAGAGAGGCAGGCGGAGGCUCAUCAGGCGAUCGUUGAUGCCCUGCGGCUAACAGGGCAGUCGUCCCACGAUGUCUUUCCGAAUAGCGAAGGCGACACCCGCGUCUCGUCGUUCUGCCCUGGGUUGCCCACUCCAGAAGAAGGUGUAGCCGGCACCCACCUCCUCCAGUUGGCCUUGUUCGGAGAAUCGGGUUUCGCUGAGUGCGGCGAUGUCCACCAUGUAGCGCGCCGGUUCUCGUGCCAUUAG